AGACACGUUUGGAGCUAAAUGCUAAUGUAUGCGCCAGCGCCUGUUGCUGUUAGCAUCACGUUUAGCAGCGAUUAGCUUCUCUCUCCCCUUGUGCGACAGUUAACAUUUUUUAACAUGCCGACACUUCGACCCCCAAAAGGCAUUGUUUAUAUAUUAUUGCUAUUCAACUGAUUCAUUUUGAAGUUUCAUUUUUUAUUACAUUUUAAAUAUAAUUCAAUAGGAUGUGGAUUCUCAUUCAUUUGUAUUCAUAUUCGGUGUAAUAGUUUCAAAUAUGAAUUUGUAUUGGUUUUUUUUCAUUAUUCUCUAUCCAAGUCUUGUGAAUGGAGGAGUGAGAGCCUUUGUGGGUGUGCGUGUGUUUGCGCGCGCACGCGCAGGAGCAGAAAGAGGCUGAGACUUUCUCCUCAGCAGUUCCUUCUCACAGUGGAGCACCAGAAGUCCUCUUUUUCUUCUUUUUCCUUUUCGUGGGAAUAAAAGGUGUCGCCGUGCGUGAUGUUGCCGUGUUCGAGGUUCCUGUUCCUGUUCCUGCUUCCUCUGGCGUGCUGCCUUCCGUCGCCGUCGCGGCCGCCCUCGCGGUACUGCCGCCGAUGCUGCGAUCACCUGGAUCCUCAGACCUCAGGCUCCGCCCCCUACUAUCGCCCCCCCGAGGUCCGCACCGUGGUCAACAUGACCAUCCUCAAGGGCGAUAAAGGAGACAGAGGAGACAAAGGCACGCCCGGCAAGCCCGGAGCGGAAGGCCCCUGGGGCCCGCCGGGACCGGCGGGGCCGCAGGGGAUCAAGGGACAAGCGGGCGCCCCGGGGGACGCCUGCAAGAACCCGCGCGCCGCCUUCUCGGUGGGCCGCCGCAAGUCCCUGCACAGCGUGGACUACUACCAGCCGCUGGUUUUCGACACGGUCUUCGUCAACCUGCACGAGCACUUCAACAUGUUCAAGGGCAAGUUCUACUGCUACGUGCCCGGCGUCUACUUCGUCAACCUCAACGUCCACACGUGGAACUUCAAGGAGACGUACUUGCACCUGAUGCACAACCAGGAGCAGCGGGUCAUCCUCUACGCGCAGCCCAGCGAGCGUUCCAUCAUGCAGAGCCAGAGCGUCAUGAUGGACCUGGAGCUGGGCGACGAGGUCUGGGUGCGCCUGUUCAAGCGCGAGCGCGACAACGCCGUCUACGGGGACGACGUGGACGUUUACAUCACCUUCAACGGGUACCUGGUGGCCCCCACCGCGCAGUGACCCCCCCUCUCCCACACCGACCCGACCCCUCCCCUCGGAGUAGACUGGACUUGCCUCAACAGUAUGUGCUUUGCACUUGAAAUAAACCACUUAUUUUAAAAAAUGAUGACUAUUAUUGUCAUAUUAAAAUGUAAAUUGUCAAAUAAGACAUUUUCCACCAACAAAACUUGUUUUUUCCCUUGGAAAGAAAAUG